GUUCUUGGAGGGCCUUCCAAGCACAGGUCCAUGUUGUUCCUCCAAGAAUUAUAUUCAAAGAUUAACUAUGAAGGAGAUAUUAAUAUUGUUAAUUUCUUCUUUUUUGGUUUUGGAAGCUGAAAGUUUACCAUUCCGACAAGAAGAAUUACUGAAAAGAGUCAARCGAGACGAUUCUUCUAAUGUUACUCUAAGUGGGAAUGAAACUAUUAGUACUAAUGGAAGCAAAGUAGCACAGGCACCUCCAGGAUUGGGUGGCACUGGAGUACGAUAUCCAAUUUGUAUCUAUGAAUUGGGUGUUUCCAACAAGCUGAUUAUUCAAGACAGUCAAAUUACAGCAAGCUCGUAUUAUGGUACCGAACACCUCAGACCCCACCAGGGACGUCUAGGGGGAUUAUUCGGUUGGUGUUCUAAAAGGGGGUCUUCUUUAGCACCAAAGGAGUAUCUACAGGUCGAUCUUGGUGUUUUGAGGUUGAUCAGUGGUGUUGCUACCCAAGGCAAACAGGAUACAGAUGAUUGGGUGACAAUGUAUAAUUUACAAUACAGCUUAGAUGGCUCUAAAUGGAUCGACUACGAAGAAGAUGGACAGACAAAAAUGUUUGAAGGGAAUAGUGAUAGGAAUACACCUGUAAUUAACUAUCUAUCACGUCGAGUAGUUGCACGGUACGUUAGAAUACGUCCUCGCGCCUGGAGAGGCUACACUGUCUGUAUGCGGGCUGAGAUAUAUGGAUGUUCGUUCAGUCAAAUUGAUUUGGCGGUGAAUCAAACUACRAAACAGUCAAGUACAUAUUUAGAAGGUGUUUCAUCCAGAGCAGUUGAUGGGCAGAUUGAUCAAGAUUUUAUCAAAAGCGACACUUGUUCACUCACCAUGUCCCAAUCCAACCCUUGGUGGUCCCUGGACUUAGGUUAUACAACAACAAUCAAAGAAAUCUUCAUCGCUAAUCGUAAAGACAACAUUGGAAAAGAGUUAACCAACUUUGAAAUAAGAAUCGGGGACAGCAAAGAAGGUCAUGGGGAAUUCAACAAGAAGUGUGGAGACAAGCACACUGUAAACCCAGGAGAGUUUUCGACGGUUGUGUGCAAUAACACUGGUCGAUAUAUCUAUAUAAGUCUGCCUGGUGACAAUAAGAGGCUUUCCCUAUGUGAAGUUGUUCCAUAUGGAAUGGAUCCAAAGUUAGUUGGCUACAGCCCUCAAGAAGCUUUACAAGUUGUGAAUGCAGUAAGACAAGCUGAAAUAUAUCGACAACAAAUACUUCGAUUACAACAGAUUCAACGACAGCAGCAGAUUCUAAUGUACUUGUACUACAUUAAUCUGUUGAGAAGCCAGAAUCAGACAGCGAAUGCUACCGAUCAGUUCUCCAAUGCCACCAAAUCUGGAAAUGAGACUUUUUCUCAAGGCAUGGGACAAGCCACAAAUCUUACUAGACAACUUCAAGGGCUGUUUGGAGGUAUGCAAGGACAAGGCAGUGGUUUAAUUGGUCAAGGUGCCGGUGGACUGCAAGGUCAGGGUGGGGGUUUGAUGGGGCAGGGUGCUGGAGCACUUAGUGGACUGCAAGGUCAGGGUGGAGGUAUGCUUGGUCAAGGAACAGGUAUGCUUAGUGGAUUGCAAGGACAAGGUGGUGGCAUGUUAAGUGGAUUGCAGGGUCAGGGUGGGGGUAUGCUUGGUAAGGGAACAGGUAUGCUUAGUGGAUUGCAAGGACAAGGUGGUGGCAUGUUAAGUGGAUUGCAGGGCCAGGCUGGAGGUAUGCUUGGCAAAGGAACAGGCAUGCUCAGUGGAUUGCAAGGGAAAGGGCUAGGCGCACUUGGUGGAAUGCAAAGUCAAGGAAUGGGCAUGGUAAACAAGCUACAGGGACAAGGAAUGGGUAUGGCAAAUAAGCUCCAGGGACAAGGAAUGGGUAUGGCAAAUAAGCUCCAGGGACAAGGACAAGAAUUAGCAAACAAGCUCCAGGGACAAGGAAUGGGGAUGGUGAAUAAGAUGCAAGGCCAAGGAAUGGAAAUGAUGAACAAGAUGAAAGGGCAAGGAAUGGGAAUGGUUACUAACCUUCAAGGUCAAGGGAUGAAUGUGGCCUCUGGGCUUCAAAACCAAGGCAUGGGAAUGAUGAAAGAUGUUACAGGAGGCGGAAAAGACGAUCUUAUGAAAAAGGCUAAAGAUCUUUAUAAGAAGAUACAACCAUUAAUCGAUAAAGCUAAAAAAUACUAUGAAGAACAAAUCAAGGGAAAAUAUUUACCGAUGGUCAUGAAUUAUUACAAGAAAGGGAAAGCAUAUGGUUUAAAAGCCUUGAAGAUGUUUGAAGAAACAGUAUUACAAGAAAUGAAGAGUAUUGGUAGUGACAUCGCCGGAGAUAUCGGGGGAGAGAUUGGUUCCAUCACCAAUUAUGAUACUGGUGACAUAAAUGGUUUACUGGAUAAAGUCAAUAAGACAAAGGUGAGGAAACUUGUCGAGAAGCUGCGUCCAAUAAUAGCAGAAUACGUUGACAGAGCACAAAAGAUGGCUCUUGAUCUAUUUGAAAAGGGCAAGAAGGAAUUUGUAAAAAUAAAAGACCAAGUCAUGAAAGAGAUAAAUAAAGCCAAAGACAUGGGUGAAGACUUAGCAGGACAAGCUACAAAGAUGGGAAAAGGAGCUGUAAGCCAAGCACAAGCGGUUGGAGGCAAAUUACAGAAAACUGGAAUGUCAGCAGUGAAUCAAGCCAAAGGAGCUGGAAUGGGAGCGUUUAACCAGGCCAAAGGAGCAGGAAUGGGAGCGUUUAACCAAGCUAAAGGUGCUGGAAUGGGCAUGAUCAAUCAAGCCAGGAACACUGCAAAUCAAGCUCAGCAGCAAGCUAUGAGCCAAUUCAACAACUUGAAAAAUCAAGGGAUGGGUGCUGUCAAUCAAGUGAAAAAUGCUGGUCAAGGGGCCUUGAACAUGGGACGCGGGGCUCUAGGACAGGCUCAAGGAUUGGCUGGGCAGCUCCAAGGAAUGGGCAAAGGUGCCCUAAGCCAAGGCCAAUCAGCAUUUAGAAAUCUGCAAGGGGCCGGAAUGGGUGCAUUAAACCAAGCCAAAGGACUAGGUGGACAAUUACAAAAUAUGGGACAGGGUGCACUUGGACAAGGACAGUCGGCUUUUAGAAAUCUACAAGGCGCUGGCAUGGGUGCAUUCAGUCAAGCUCAACGUCUUCAAGGACAACUUCAAGGCAUGGGACAAGGAGCUCUUCAGCAAGGCAUGGGAAUGGCAGGUGGCUUCAGAGGAAUGGGACAAGGGGCUCUUAAUCAGGCGAGAAGUAUGGCCGGCGGUGCAUUGAAUCAAGCCCGAAAUUUUGGUGGACAACUUCAAGGAAUGGGACGUGGUGCUCUAAACCAAGGAAUGGGUAUGGCUGGAGGUCUCCAAGGAAUGGCCGGUGGUCUUCAAGGAAUGGGCAAGGAAUGGGUGGUGGCGCUCUUAAUCGAGGUAUGGGUAUGGCUGGUGGAAUGCAGGGAAUGGGACAGGGAGCGGUACCACAAGGAGGAUCUCUUGCAAAUCUUCAACAACAAGGACAGCAAGGUCUUAGCCAAGCACAGUCAGGAAAUAGGCGUAAGAAACGCUCAUUAUUUCAAGGCUUUCAAAACUUCAAAAACCAACUAUCAGCUGAGAUUGAUAAAGCUAACAAUAUAGGCCAGGAUGUGGCAAGAAAAGUUGCUAAAAUAGGACAAGGGGCGGUCAGCCAAGCCCAGGCACUCAGAAGAAAUGUAAAGCGAACUGGAGGGACAGUCUUGACCAGGGCUAAAG